AUGGAGUUAGGAGGGGCCUUCACCAUCUUCCUGGCACUCUGUUUGUCUUGCCUGUUCAUCCUCAUUGCCUGGAAACAAAGGAACAAGGGGGGAAAGCUUCCCCCGGGCCCCACACCAAUACCUUUCCUGGGGAACCUGCUGCAAGUUCGCACUGACGCUACCUUCCAGUCUUUCAUGAAGCUCAGAGAGAAAUAUGGCCCUGUGUUCACUGUGUACAUGGGUCCCCGGCCAGUAGUUGUCUUAUGUGGACAUGAAGCAGUUAAGGAAGCUUUGGUCGACCAAGCAGAUGAGUUCAGUGGCCGUGGAGAACUGGCUUCAGUAGAACGAAACUUCCAAGGUCAUGGUGUGGCUCUGGCGAAUGGAGAACGAUGGAGGAUUCUCCGACGCUUCUCUCUGACCAUCCUUCGGGACUUCGGGAUGGGAAAGCGAAGCAUUGAGGAGCGGAUCCAAGAGGAGGCUGGCUUCCUACUGAAGGAAUUCCGAAAGACCAAGGGUGCCCCCAUAGAGCCUACCUUCUUCCUGAGCCGCACCGUCUCCAACGUCAUCAGUUCCGUUGUCUUUGGAAGCCGCUUUGACUAUGAGGACAAGCAGUUCCUGAGCCUGCUGCGGAUGAUCAAUGAGACUUUCAUCGAGAUGAGCACCCCCUGGGCACAGCUAUACGACAUGUACUCUGGAAUCAUGCAAUAUUUGCCAGGAAGACACAAUCACCUCUACUACUUGAUAGAGGAGCUCAAGGACUACAUUGCUUCCAAGGUCAAAAUCAAUGAAGCAUCCUUUGAUCCCCAAAACCCUCGGGACUUCAUUGACUGCUUCCUCAUUAAGAUGCACCAGGAUAAAAAUAAUCCCCACACGGAAUUCAAUCUUAAGAACUUGGUCCUCACCACUCUCAACCUCUUCUUUGCUGGCACAGAAACUGUGAGCUCUACACUACGCUAUGGAUUCUUGUUGUUAAUGAAGCAUCCUGAGGUAGAAGCCAAGAUCUAUGAAGAGAUUAACCACGUAAUUGGACCACACCGAAUUCCAAGUGUGGACGACCGGGUCAAGAUGCCCUUCACAGAUGCCGUGAUCCAUGAGAUACAGAGACUGACAGACAUUGUGCCCCUGGGUGUCCCCCAUCACGUCAUCCGGGACACUCAUUUCCGAGGUUACCUUCUUCCCAAGGGCACAGAUGUCUUUCCUCUUCUUGGCUCAGUCCUCAGAGACCCCAAAUACUUCCGCUACCCAGAUGCCUUCUAUCCCCAACACUUCCUGGAUGAGCAGGGCCGCUUCAAGAAGAACGAAGCCUUUGUGCCUUUUUCCUCUGGAAAGCGCAUCUGCCUAGGUGAGGCCAUGGCCCGCAUGGAACUCUUUAUCUACUUCACCUCCAUCCUUCAGAACUUCUCUCUCAAGCCACUGGUGCCACCCGCUGAGAUUGAUGUCACUCCCAAGAUCUCGGGUUUUGGCAACAUCCCUCCAACCUAUGAGUUAUGCCUCAUAGCCCGCUAA